ACCAAAAGUCUCUGAUCAAUCUGCCAAAGAAGAAUCUUCACUAACCUUGCGCACUAAGCAAAUCUAGAACAAAGAAGAAGAAACCGAAAAAGGGGGAAAUCUCAGAACACACUCAGUUCAGAAAUCGGAAAAACAAUGGGGCUGCAAUGGAUGAUUCUGACGUACGUGGUGGCGGCGGAGGCGGCGGUGGCGGUGGUUUUGACACUCCCAUCGCCCAAGGCUGUUAAAUCUCGCAUCGUAUCUCUCGUCUCGCUGAUUCUCCAGCCUUCACUUUUCAUCAUACCCUUCUCUGCUUUUCAGCUCCUCGAUAUAUACUGGAAGAACGAACACCGCUUGAUGUGUACUGGGGAUGUCUGCACUGCUUCUGAGAGGGAUCGUUAUGAGAAAUCGAUCUACAAAUCUCAAAGGAACUCAAUAUUAUGCACGGUCGCAUGUCUCCUCUAUUGGUUCAUUUACCGUGUUUGCAAGUAUUGUAAGGAUAUUCAGAGCAUGGAGGAAGUGGAGAAGAGGUACAAGGACCAGUAAUUAGUAGCAACACGAAACUAAAUGUUAUUCAUCGUCUACAUAUUUUUCGAUCCUGUCGAAUUCAAAAACCAAAUUUAGACCAUUCCGUUUAUUCGAUUAUAAUCGUGAAUACUUCUCAUUUGUCACAUGGUGAUUUAUUGUUCGACCCCAAUUUGCAUGAGAA